AUGUCUGUUGGUGCUUCCACUAUAGUUCUAAAGGUUGCAGACGAGGUAUUGAUAUAUAUUUUUAAAUUUAUACCUUCACCAAAAAAUUUUGCAGUUAGUUGUAAACGGUUUUCUAUUAUUGCGAGAGAUGAACAUGCGAGAGCCGACUGGAUUAUUUGUCAAUAUGGCAGAGCCCAUGCCCUAUUCCAUGCAAUAAGAUUAGGACCAUCAUUUAUUAAUCUUCCAGUAGCAAAAGCCAUCGUUGCGAAAAAAGCUAUUUUAUCGAGAUAUUUCGUUCAAAAGCUCCUUAUUAACUUCGGGAAACAUGACCAACAGUUACUCGAAUUGAAAAUUGCUCAUAAUAUAAUGGCAGAUGUUUUACAUUUAUUUGAACAUAGAUUAGAUGAUAUAGGUAACAUUUUGAUGGAAUCAUUUUUACAAGUCAUGCAAGAAGUCCCCGAGACAUUUCUAUACAAUUGUUUAGUCGAAACAUUAAGACCUGAACGUACAUACAAAAUGAACGUUUGGGACUUCAUCUUCUCGUUCAUGUCGGAAGAAGCCGAAGAUAAAUUUAAUAAAGCAUUUGAUCAUCAUUUGAGUAACGUUGCACCAAUUAUAAUCUUCUCUGACGUGCAUAUAAAACCACUUGCAUCAUCGCCAAAAUUUUAUACGUGGGUACUUCGAAAAUUUGGAACUGAGGCACCAAUAACUGUCCUGUGUUUUAUUGAUCUUUUGGAAACGCGUGCUAGCCUCGACAUUCAACUUCAAUCCCCAAAUGAAAUGAAUCAAUGCACGUUUAAAGCUAUUUCUGAUACCUUUAAAAAUUACUGCAACGCAAAUAACUUUUUCUUACCAUCGCACUUGGAAAUAAUUUCACGAUGUGCGAGUGAUGAAAUUCUCAGUCCACUAUUUGAAUACCAUUUACCUGUCCUUUUUGAUAUAGAGGUAACUUACUCAUUACCUAUGGAAACUAUUGAAGAUAUAGGUCCUGUGCAAACUACUGAGGAAUCAGAUGAUAUGCAGAUCUCUGAAGAUGAUAUAAGUAAUGAAGAACAAAAUGUUUCUCAAUAUGAAGAUAAUUCUCAAGUUUCAUCGACCAAAAGAAAGCCCAAAACUGAAAAUAUUGAAGAAAUCAGAGAAUCAUGGAAACAAAACUUAGUGGACAUGCAUCAUAAUUCAAUUUAUAAUGAUAAAAUAAUCACAAACUCCUUCAAAAAUUAUCUAACCGUAUUUGUUGAAGAAAAAAUACCACAAUCAGAAGAAAAGUUAAUGAAAAUUAAUCAAAGUUUUGUUAAAAGGAGAAAACCAAUG